AAAAGUCAACAAUCACUGAAGACUUAGUAAACAAUUUCUCUACUAUCCCUAAUUUUGAAACUAAAGAAAAAGUAGAAGAAUUAUUAGCACCCCUAAAAGACAACCCAGAAUUCUUACAACAGCACCCAGACCUAACCACUAAAUCCCCUAAGGAGAUAAUAAUUGCCGCCAAAAGAUUCACCUACGACCAAGAAAAGCAAGCAAAAGAAAGUGAAAUCCGUCAAUACUAUAACCUAGCCGAAGACCAAAUGCUUACUGAUUACCAAAUUAAUGAAUACUUAUACUUAGAAGCCACAAAUCAAUUACAACAAACUCAGGAAGGAAGUAUUACUUCUUCUUAUAAUGAUAAUAGUUGA